AUGUUUAAUAUUCCUCGACGGAAACAAGCAGCAGCUUUCUCUACAGUUGAUUCAGAGGUCAAAGCUAAUAAAAAAAAAGACAAUUUGAAGCUUGCAUGUAUGAAUGUUCUUGAUAAACAAAAGCAAUAUAGAAAAGGAAAAGAAUUGAAGUCGAUUUCUUAUAGAACGGAAAAUAAGAAACAGACGAAGAGGGUCGAAGGAGAAACGAAGAAACAAUAUUUGGAAAUCUUUUUAACACAAAAAACAUAA